AUGAAUAGCGAAACUACCGAGCAAAUCCUCUUUGAUUCGGAGCCAGAAACAGACCCGCCGACUGCUCCCUCAUCUACCCCAUCGAUCAGCACAGCACCAGAGCGAGGACAACUAGCCAUGGCCAACACCACUGUUAGAACACCAAUUAGCACAAUGUACAAAGAAUGUAUACAUGAGCUCCCAACACCGACGGAAGCCCCUCUCUCCGUGUACAGAAGCACUCGAUAUCUCGAGUACAACAAGCAUGGCGAACCUUACUUCAAAAUCAGCAAAGGUGCCAUCAGUAUCUCAAACCUUCCACCCGAAGAGCAGAACGCCGCAUAUAACCACAUUUUCGCAAAAGUCCUACCUACUAAUGCCUUUGCCAAUGGCUUGAUGCGUGUGCCGGAUGUUUGCGCCGGAGUCGUAGAACACUACGGUCUCCACUUGUCUCGUCUCAGAUUUACCAGAAUCACAAUCCGACACCUUGCGCUCCAGCAUCGCACAUCUGCAAAGCUGUCGUACAAUUCCACAAUGCCACCAUGGCGCUCGGCUGCCCUGCGGGACAAGGAGAAGGGCGUAGCGAACGCGCAUCUCAUUGCGGCCUCCAGCGCCUUCAACAAAAGAGCAGCGCAAGAGCGCGACGAAAGGGGCGCGAUACACCUACUUGACCGCUGCGAGCAGAUUUUGAAACAUGAUCCGGGUUCCCGGCCCGCGGACCGGCGGCCUGCGACGACGGAGACGGAGACCACGAGGUGGAGGGAGGGUAGAAGGGGUUGGAUGGGGUUGCAACCUGAUGAUGUUGAUUGGCGCAUCGUUGGCGCAGGAAGGAAUGGGGAUGGUGGUGAGAGCGGCACUGCUGGGAAGGCGAAGGCGGCGCUGAAGAAGGCUUUCACCAAAGCGGCGAAUAAAGCAAUGGGCAAAACUCGUCGCCAUAGUAGCGUCUUCCGCAAGGCGAGGCUAUCAGACCGGAAGAUGAGCCUUGAAUGCGGAUAG